CGAACCUUCUAGGGACACCGUUUCAUCUGUUGGUGUCAGGAAGACGAAGAAUUUUCCAUCCACUGAUACAUGCGAUCACGUUUGCUACUUCCGCCAGGCACUUGCGCUAGAUGAGCGCCGGGUGAAAUUUCUACCUGAGUAUGUCUACGGGGGUAUAAGCAAUCGAUCAAACUGGCUUAAAUACCAAGUGUCGACGGCACCUCCCACAGACGAAGGUCGUAUUAAGGAGGUUUGGUUUGCGGGUAGUCAUUCGGAUGUCGGGGGUGCAUGUUGGAAGAAGAAGAGCUAUCCUCAUGACUUCCGGAAUAUCCCCUACUGUGGAUGCGUGAAGAAGCUCGCGAGGCGGGGCUUCUGUUCAAUCCCCUCCAGGCAGCUUUUAGAUAUGAAGGUGAAUCAUUUCUGGAACCCGGAGUUACCGACUCUUCAAACCUUGCAUGGUGGCUGCUUGAGAUGUUGCCUGUUGGACAUCUUUGCUUUAACUCCAACACGCUUAAAGCGCUACCGCACCUUGGACAAGGACGUAUCAUCAUGCCCGGACAAAAGAUCCACGAGUCAGUUCUUUUUCGUCCAAACUACCGACCUAAAGCACAUUUUUGGAUGAAUGUCCAGCAAUGGCCUGAAGGGUUGCAGUGGUAUACAGCCACCGCCGAGGAGCGUUUAUCACAGCCUGGUUUUGCCUUGGAAUUGCUUCCUUUCAAAAGAUCGACUACUGAAGCUCUCGUCUGUUGUAUUUCUGACAAACGGAUGCUUGAUAGCGUGGUGUUCAUGUAUUCAUUUGAACUAGGAGUCAACGUAGUCAAGGCGAAUGUACAUGAGACGCUAGAGGCCAUGGAUGCUAUAUUCAAUAUCGACGACGAACGUAUUGCAGGCACUAAAUGUGCAAAAGAUAAUGGGGAGGGAUGGUCUUCAGUAAAUUCCGAGAAGAACAGAGAUGCUGAUAAGGGGAAAGAAGAACACGAUAUCCGUCUCGUGCGUCUUGGUGCAUUUAUCACGUACUGCGAACGUGCCGAGAGCAAAGACAUGAUCAUCAAAUGUAUCCUAGACGACCUGUUUCGAUUUUGUUUUUUUUGGAUUUCGACUUGUGUCCUAUGGAGAGUAUUACUCUAUGCAGGACUAAAUACAAUCUAGUCAACCCCCUGGGAGUGCCCCUCAAGUUUGUCGAGCGGGGCAGGACCAAAGACCGAAGUGUCACAGUAUCACAGUCUUGACUCUAUUCGAAAUUCGG